GCACGACACCGAAGGCGGCACCUCCGCAGCCUGCGACCUUGCUUCGUCCAAUACCUAUAUUCUCUCCUUGGGCUUCCAUUUCCGUUCUCAUCAAUCAUGUCACAAUCUCGGGAUGACCGCGAAGGCCUGAGCCCAUCACCUGCCAAUAUCCUGGACAUCUUCACCGGAGACGAGGACGACGAUGAUGAAAUGGAUAGUUACCACCCCACCGAGGAAAUAAGCACCGAUGCCAGUCUGCAAGACGAAGAGGAUAGCGAUGUGGACUUUGCUGACGCCCAAGAAUCUCUCAAUGGGAUCGAAAUCGUCCUCGAGACCGGCGAUGACGACGAUGAGGAUGAAGAGGAAGACGGCAACCAGACAGAAACAGAAGGAGGCCGUGCAGGUCGACCGGCGCAGGGCUUACGUUCGUCUCCUUAUAUGUCCUGCUUCAUAAACCCUUCUCUCGUUACUCCUCAUCUCACCUCACUUCUGCCGCCGCAGACCAUCUGAUUGUGGUUGUAUAGUGACAACGGCCGACAUUCGCGGUCUUCUCAACGCCAGCGCACCCCUACGUCGACUGAUACUCUCACGCUACCGCCUCUUCGGUCCCAAUGGCCGCGACCUCUUUGACGAUGACGAUGACGACGAGUAUGAAUCCUCCCACGGCGGUUUCAACGCCGCCCGCCGCCGCCGUGGCCGUCGGUCGAAACCCUCAGCGGACAGAUUCCCAAAGGUCCCCAGCGACGCGGGCCGCGCGCUCAUGACGUCUGGUCUCUACGGCAGCACUGAUUCACAUGUGGACAUUCUGCGGAAGAGGAGGCGGACUAUCAGCGAGCGGUUACUCUGGCGGAGACUGGGCCUCGACGCGCGGAGCAGCAUGCGCAAACAGAACAGACUGAUUGCGCAGGAUAGUAUUCCCAGUACAACGGCGGCUGAUAAGAUCAUACACUACGACAGCCGGGCGUACAGUGGACAGUUCAGUGACGAUGGGAACUUUUUCUUUAGUUGUACGCAGAACUUCAAAGUUCGGAUGUAUGACACAAGUAAUCCAUAUGAGUGGCGGUAUUACAAGACGGUGGACUACCCUUUCGGGCAGUGGACGAUCACCGACGCUACGCUGUCACCCGACAACAGGUGGUUGGCGUACAGCAGUAUCAGGCACACGGUGUGUCUUGCCCCUACCGAUCCCGGAGAUCACAGCGAGCACACCCUGCUCGAUUUUACGAACUUCGCGCCCGGUUCAGGCCAUGGUCGCCCGACGUACGGGUACAUGGGCAGACACGGGUUUGGCAUCUGGAGUCUACGCUUCAGUGGUGAUGGCAGAGAGAUUGUGGCAGGGACAAGCGAUCACAGCGUGGUCGUGUACGAUAUCGAGCGUCGACAGAGCACGGUACGCCUGACGAAUCACGAAGACGACGUCAACGCAGUGUGUUUCGGCGACAAAUCCUCGCCGCAUAUCCUGUACAGUGGGAGUGACGACCAGACGUUGCGGGUCUGGGAUAGACGAUCUAUGGCCGAUGGACGCCCCGCGGGCAUAUUCGUCGGACAUACAGAGGGCUUGACGUAUGUGGAUUCCAAGGGCGAUGGACGGUAUGUGUUGUCGAAUGGGAAGGACCAGAUGAUGAAGCUCUGGGACCUGCGCAGGAUGAUUUCGCCGAAUGAGUUCAAGAGCAUCGACAUGCACAAUUAUACGACCAACUUCGAUUAUCGAUUCAGCCCGUACGAUGAGGACGACUAUGUGCCGAACCCGAAGGACUGCAGCGUUGUCACUUUCAGAGGGCAUUCGGUGCUCAAGACUCUGAUCAGAUGCCAUUUCAGUCCACCAGGCAGUUCAAACUCGAGAUACGUCUAUAGUGGAAGUGAGGAUGGAAAGGUUUAUAUAUGGAACAUGGACGGCACACGAAAGGCGAUGAUCGACGUCUUUGCCGCAACGAAGUAUACGCGACCACGGACCGAUGGCGGCGACGGCUACGGCUACGAGUUGCACGGGCAUCAUAAUAGUGUGUGGAAGACGUGCGUACGGGACGCGAGUUGGAGUCCUACGGCGCCGGUGAUGGCGGCGACGAGCUGGAAUGGGUGGGGCAUGGCGACGGGGACGGUAAGUCUGCAUUCAUGGAACGAUGGGAAUGAGGACGAUGAGGCAAUGCCGCUUAUGGGCAGCAAUUAUAAUGCAAGGCUGGAUGCUAGGGAGGAUUUUGACAUUGCAGCAAGACGGGUACGGGGCGAAGAGAGGUAUACGCGCAGCAGGGCCGAGGGGAGGGGUUUGAGGAGUAGUGUCGUGCGCCCGCAACGGUAUGGCGACGAGGAAGAUGACGAUGGUGGUGGAGUCUGGUGACAAUCACUGAAUGCUGUAAGAAGGGGCCUGAGGAGGGUAAGUUUGAGGCGGACUGCGUGGCCAGAAGCACCAGAGUCGUCGUGACGGGGCGGGCGUUGGGUUGAGCAAGCUUGAGCUUGUGGGUGGCCACGACCAAGUUUCUGUCGACCAUGCAUCGUGUGGUACGUACGAAUGGGUACCUAUAGGUAUCAUGUGGAGGACCUUUUUGUUUGCGAUGAACACGAUUACGAGAACACAACGGUAUGCAUAUGGAGCAGACGGCAGCGAGGUAGAAGAAAUAUUCAGCAUACCAUGAUCUGCA